ACACUUAUAUGUCCCAAAUAUGAAAGCAAUGACACCUAUCGUCAUCUCAACUAUAAAAUGCUGAAUGAGAGAGAGAGAGAGAGAGAGUGAACAGAGAUUAGAGAGAGAAACAUUAUAGAGCGAGAGCGAGCGAGAGAGAGAGAGAGAGCUUUAGCUGCUAUGAAUCCAAGCAAAACAGAGGACGAUCUAUUCAAUCACCUGGACCCUCCGAUCAUGAACCAUCGACUCGAAUCACAGCCGUCAAUUCUCGACCAAGAACCCUACCCUCUCCCUCCGAUGUCCGAUAUCGUUCUCUUCGGAGUCGACGACUCCGAUUCCGACUCACUGAGUCACACUUCCUCCGACGCCGACAACCCCUCCUCCGCCUCCGCAAACCACCACCACAAUCAUCUCAGCUCCGCCGUCACUCCCCCUACUAACGGCGUCGUUUCACAGCCCACCACCACCACCAACCCUAGGGUUCAACAACAACAACCCUACAUUAACCCUAGCCCUCACGUAUCGACUCAAUUCUACACAUUCAACACCGAAUCUCAUGCUCUGAUGAUCCAAUGCAUACUCGAGAGCCGCGCCGCGACUGCCGAUGAGAUCCGAGCUGCGACGCCGAUGCCGGUGCUGUCGAGCUGGAGAGCUGUGUGGAAGGAUCGGAAUGAAGACACGGCGUAUUUAACCGCGUGGAAACGAAUCCAAGACAAGCUCAUCGUCCAUGUCGACGAGCCUCACGGUAAUCAAUUCUUGUGUUUCAAGAACAAUUCGAAUCAAUUCGUUUCGCAUGUUAAUCAGUGGCAAGACAUAGUGAUGAGAUUUCAUGUUGAUAGUGACUUGAAACACUUAGGGCUUAAAGAAACUGUAGAGAGAAUUAAGCAAUCGUGGACUGUAGGUGCUAAAUUUUAUGGAAUUCCUGAAUCAUUUAUUAAGGUUUGUAUUUCCGCUUGCCCCGUGUGCUCCUCCGAUUUGUCGGGGUCAAUGCAACGGAAUAAAAGGCGGCGGUUUGAGUACACAGAGUCGUUUGAUGUGCCAGCAAAUGAAGUGCCACAUAGGUUACGACAAUUGGCAGCAAAACAUAAGGUUGUGUUGUGUAUAAGGCAGAAAUAUAUUAGGUACAAACCAUUUAUGGCGGAGGUUAAGGAUUACGCGUGUCACCGUGCUGGAGUGCCAGCGUCAUCGAAGAAAUCGAAGGUUUUGAAGAGGGAGCCGUAUGCGUCCAAGCGGUGUGGUUGUGGGUUUCGAAUAAGGGCAAUUGUGCCAAUUGCUAAUUAUAAUGAGAAGGAUAAGACAUUUGUGUAUCAAGAAGAGGGGAUGGCGGUGUUUAAGUUGUAUGCGGUGCAUUCGGGUCAUGAACCCGGGCCGUUAGAUGGCAACGCGAGGAUUAUGCAUCGAGUUGUGGGACAUAAAGGGGAAUAUUUGAUGGAUCAAGAAACAGUGUAUGGGAUGAGUGAGGAAAUGGAAAAUGAGGGUUUUGGGUUCAUGGGGAAGGACAAAGGGGAUCUACAACAUUCGGUUCUACAACAAGUGCAGGAAUUGAGAAAUGUAUUGGGGUCGCUCGAAGGGAGAAUUGCAAACAUGCCAAUUGAGCAAUUGGGUUCAAUCUCACAAGAUUUGUUUGACGCUGUGAAUAAACUUAGAACCACAGGAGAUUAUUGUUCAAAGCCAGUUGGAUUACUUUCUGAUAAGUCACAUUCGGAUGAUCUGUUGGUGGGAGAGAGCGAUUUGGCAGAUUGGGGUGAUCCUCACCAUGAAGGGAUAUAUGGGGAUAAUAAGGAUGGGGAAUUGAUCGAAGAAGAUGAAGACAGCUUUGGGCGAACCCUCGGGGAUGUUGUAUCUUGGGAUCAGAUGAGAACAGAGUGUAGGAGUGAGAAGGGUUUGCUGGAUGAUACUUGUAAACCUGAAAAUUGGCUGAAAUUGAGCGAUUUUGAUGAGAAGAACAUUCUUGACUGUAAGAGCAUUCUUUACUGUGAGGAUUCCAAACUAAUCAAGCCCUUGAGGAAUGACGAGCAUAUAGUAUCAGAUGUGGGUCUUGUUGGUGGUAUGCAGGUUGACAGCUUCUACCCGGAUAAUCCGAAAUGGUGUGAUUCCCCUUGUGCAUUGGACUCCAGUACAGAUUGUGGUGAUAGUGGAUUCAGGCAUGGGGGGAUUAUGUAGAGCUUUUUAGAGUUGGGUCAACCCACUCUAACGAAAUAAUCUUGAGUUUGUUAGGUGCCAUUCAUUCCAUUUUCACAGUUGGAAGUGGGUUGUAUAUUUAUGUAUACAGAAGAUUGGGGCCUCUUCCAUGCUUUUACAUGUCCUUGCUGUAUGUGGUUCUGUAAAGUUGUAGCUGUUUGGCUUCUAUGCAUAUACUUUAUUUUAUAUCAUUUUGUUAUGGCCUUGAACUUUUGAAGCUUCUUUGCAUUCUGUUUUUAAUGUUCAUCGAAGUUCUCGUAUUUAUUGUAUAUUUAACUAUGGUUAUCUAUCAACGCAUUUUGAGAAGCAUGAAACUUAA